GUCCCAGUGCCCCCCGCAGCAGCGCCGGUGUCGCCGCGGUGUCCCCAGGCCGGCCCGUGUCCCCCCGGUGCCGGCGGAUGGAGCUGAGCUGUGCCAUGGGGGGCAGCGCCGCCGCCCCGCCGGGCCCCGGCCCGCCCCCCGCCACCGCCGGGGCCGGGCUGAGGGAGGGCGAGGAGUACGAGAGCCUGCCCAGCGGCGCCACGCUCGGCACGCACAUGGUGGCCGGGGCCGUGGCGGGGAUCAUGGAGCACACGGUGAUGUACCCCGUGGACUCGGUCAAGACACGGAUGCAGAGCCUGCAGCCGGACCCCAAGGCGCGCUACCGGGGCGUGUACGAGGCGCUCCGGAGGAUGGUGCUGACCGAGGGGCUCUGGAGGCCUCUGCGCGGGAUCAACGUCACCGUGCUGGGCGCUGGCCCUGCCCACGCCCUCUACUUCGCCUGCUACGAGAAAAUGAAAAAGUCUCUCAGUGACAUUUUCCAGUCGGGAGGAAACAGCCACUUGGCCAAUGGCAUCGCCGGGAGCGUGGCCACGCUGCUGCACGACGCUGUCAUGAACCCUGCUGAAGUGGUGAAGCAGCGCCUGCAGAUGUUCAACUCGCCGUACGCGUCGGUGCUGGGCUGCGUGCGGACGGUGCACAGGACCGAGGGCUUGGCCGCCUUCUACCGCAGCUACACCACGCAGCUCACCAUGAACGUGCCCUUCCAGGCCAUCCACUUUGUCACCUACGAGCUCCUGCAGGAGCACCUCAACCCCCACCGCCGCUACAACCCCGGCUCGCACAUCGUGGCCGGCGCCGUGGCCGGGGCCGUGGCCGCCGCCGCCACCACGCCGCUGGACGUGUGCAAGACGCUGCUCAACACGCAGGAGAACACGGCCCUGAGCUCCCUCAACGUGCGGGGGCACCUGUCGGGCAUGGCCAACGCCUUCAGCACCGUGUACCGGCUCGGGGGCCUGCCCGGCUUCUUCAAGGGCGUCCAGGCCCGGGUCAUUUACCAGAUGCCCUCCACGGCCAUCGCCUGGUCCGUGUAUGAGUUCUUCAAGUAUUUCCUCACCAGGCACACGCUGGAGGUGAAGCCGCCCUCGUGAGGGGAGGGACGGGGCUGUCCCUGUGUCCCCUCCCUGCAGCACGGGGACUGUGGGGAGUCACAGCUCGGCACGGCCCUGCCCGGGGAUGCCAGUGCUUGGCACUGCUGUCCCCUGGGGCUGCUGUCACCGAGUGUCCCCUGGGACUGCUGUCACUCAGUGUCCUUAAGGGAUUCAUGGUCACUGCUGUCCCCAGGGACUGCUGUCACUGCGUGUGUCCUGGGACUGCUGUCACUGAGUGUGUCCUGGGAUUGCUGUCACUGAGUGUCCCCAAGGGAUUCCUGGUCAUUCUGAGCCCUGGGACUGCUGUCACUGCUGUCCCCAGGGAUUGCUGUCACUGCGUGUCCUUAAGGGAUUCAUGGUCACUGCUGUCCCCAGGGACUGCUGUCACCGAGUGUCCCCUGGGACUGCUGUCACUCAGUGUCCUUAAGGGAUUCAUGGUCACUGAGUGUCCCCAGGGAUUGCUGUCACUGCGUGUCCCCAAGAUUUCUGGUCACUCUGAGCCCUGGGAUUGCUGUCACUGAGUGUCCCCUGGGAUUGCUGUCACCGAGUGUCCCCAGGGUCACUCUGAGCCCUGGGAUUCCUGUCAGUGACUAUCCCCAAGAUUUCUGGUCAUUGAGUGUCCCCAGGGAUUGCUGUCACUGCAUGUCCCCAGGGUCACUCUGAGCCCUGGGAUUUCUGGUCACUGAGUAUCCCCAGGGAUUGCUGUCACUGUGUGUCCCUCAGGGAUUGCUGUCACUGUGUGUCCCCAAGGGAUUCCCGGUCACUGAGUGUCCCCAGGGGAUUGCUGUCACUGCGUGUCCCCAGGGAUUGCUGUCACUGAGUGUCCCCAGGGUCACUCUGAGCCCAGGGAUUCCUGGUCACUCUGAGCCCUGGGAUUGCUGUCACUGAGUGUCCCCAGGGAUUCCUGUCACUGAGUGUCCCCAUGGAAUUCCCGGUCACUCAGUGCCCCCUUCCCUUCCUUAAACAACACCAACGAAAAGAAGAGUUUAUACAGACUUUUAUAUUAAUAUAUAUAUAUAUUUAAUAACUUUAUUUUGCAGCAGUGAACUUGCAAACUGCUCCUUUUCUGGGAAAUAAGAUGCAAGCUGGAGUUCACUCCUUGUUGAAGGUUUAGGUGAUCCAACCUAAGCUGCUUUUUGGGAUUUUUUUUCAAUUUUUAUUAUUUUAUUUUUGCAGCAAAGAAACAAAAAUGUCCUGGCACAGAAGUUAAUUUUUAUAUAAAUAUAAAAUAGCUGGAUAAUGUUUAUCCUUUAUUUUUCUAUGUAGGCAGUCGAGUGGGUUUUUAAAUGCUUUUACAGCUGGGUGCAAAGCUGUUUAAAAAAGGGCUCAGGUCUUGCCUCCUGUGUAAGGAAGACCCAAAAUCAUUGAUUUUAUGGCCAGAUUGGCUUUAAUUACCCAGGGGGCAAUUAAAGGGUUCUCCUCUGGGUGUCAAGGUACGUGGGAGCCCCUUGAGGGGACACGGAGUGGGGACAACACUUUGGGAAAACGAUCCCAAAAUCCCUUUGUGGGGGAGAGGAGGGAAAACUCAAUCCUGUUUUUUUCCACUCUUGAAGGUGUAGAUUUUUAACCAAUUUUAUUUUGCAAUUUAAACUCAUUAAAGGUACAUUUUAAUGGGGUGUGACAGCA